CCCGGCGUUUUGUCACAGAAUUAAAAUAGUAAAGCGGUCGAUUCGUGUAUCUGAUUAUGUAGAAAUUCAAGGCGGUCUAGAAUUUAUAAUUUUAUCUAUUUUUGUUGGUAUACACAUCGAGGAGGAUCAUUAAACAGUGUUAAACUUGUGUAUUAGCAAGAAACAACGUUUCAGUGACCAAUUUUUUUUAUCGUAGCCAUUUAUUGAACGCUUGAACGGAAAGAUGUCAGAAAAACCCGAUACUGUUCCCGGAUUAGGAUUCAAAGACAAAGAAAAGGCUCUGGAAACAUUGCAAAUCCUAGAAGGCAGAGAUCCCGACUACCAAAAACUGGCCAUCAAAGGUCUUAUAGGAAGAGCUAAAAGGACCUUGACUUUGACAAAAGAUAAAGAAAAACUCGAAAAUAUUAACAGCGCCAUGAAAAUUUUCGAUGAUUGGCUAAAGAACUUCGAAUUUAAAAACUUAUCGAAAGAAAACAAAGCCUAUCUACCUCUAGCUUCCGUUGAAGUAUUCUUGCCACUUAAACAGAAAUAUGGAAUUAAAAAUGAUUUGGCCGAAAAGUUUUUGAAAGCUUACAAAGAAAAAGCGAAAGGCGAAUAUAAAAGUUUGAGAACCGUCUCAAGCGGCGAAGAUGAACCCACAUGGGAUAUCGUAAGAAAUAAGGAACUCAAGGAGAUUUGGAAGAAGUUUGAAGAAUCUCAACCUGAUUUUUGGACGAGUGAUGAUCUGCCAACAAAAGAACACUUGCAACUUAUUUUAUGGGCUUACAGCCCUGAAGCCACUAAAAUAAAGAAGAAUAUUUCAAGUUUUGAAGAAAAACUGGGAAGUAAAAGUAAGAAUAAUAAGGAAGAUACUGAACAUAAGGAGAAAAAAUCAAAUAAACGAAAAUCUAAAGGAAGCAGUAGCAGUAGCAGCAGCGGAAGCAGUGAUGAAGAAUCUCCUAAAAAGAAAAAUAAAAAAUAAUUAUUAUUCUUAAAAAAAAUGCAUUAUAAAUUGAUUUUGAUCACAUAAUGCUACUACUGAUAAUUGUUCAUCUAUAAUAAAAUAGGCGCCAGUUUCAAUGGAACAAGUUUGUGUUUAAAAAGUACAAUUGUUUAAUUUAGUACAAAAUAUUCUGAUACACAAAAGUAUGUAUUUUCAAAAAUUUGUUGUUUCACUUACAUUUUUGUAAAUAA